GGAUUUAUAUGAAAUGAUAGCAAGACUCAAAGAUUCUGGCACCAGACCUCAUAGCAGGGUUAACAGAGUUAGUGCUGAUCAUGUGCUCACACUCAAACAAAUAUGUGCAGCAGUGUUAUAAUUCCUUUACUGAUUUGUAAUUCAUUAGCUCAGCAAGUUGCUGUUUGUGCCUCCUCUUGUGGUGUGGUAUCCCUCUGCUUAAAUCCCUUCCCCCUCAAUCCCUCUUUAUAUCAUUGUCUCAGCAGUGGAACUCUUGAAACUAACAGAUCACGUAUAUGAGGGGAGGGCCUCCUGACAUCUGUUUUGCAUCUGUGACUGGCUGUCGGAAUUUAGGACCCUGUGGAAAUGGGCUGAAAAUCACAUGAUCAUGCUUUUCUGUCUGAGCAUGAUUCAAAUUACAGGGAAUAGAUGAGAAAGUACAGAAUUUAUGGGAAUCCAGAUAAAACGAUGAAACUGGAAUUUACAAUUAUCAAUAACUAGGCUGCACCAAUGGGUUAUACAAGUUUCUGUUUAGUGUUUCUUAGUGCUCUAUUUUUUCAGGUAUGGGGAAAUCGCUCUUUUGUAAUUGACUUUGAUAACAACUGUUUUAAAAAGGAUGGACAGUGUUUCCGCUACAUUUCUGGAAGCAUUCACUACUUCAGAAUCCCAGCUGAGUACUGGAGGGAUCGGCUGAUGAAGAUGUACAUGACUGGGCUAAAUGCAAUUCAGGUGUAUGUUCCCUGGAAUAUGCAUGAGCCGCUACCUGGAGUGUAUGACUUCAAAGGUGACCGUGAUCUAGAACAUUUUCUGGACUUGUCGAAUGAGCUGGGGCUUCUGGUUAUCAUGAGACCUGGGCCAUAUAUUUGUGCAGAAUGGGACAACGGGGGACUCCCACCCUGGCUGCUGAAUAAGAAAGAUAUAGCGUUGCGCACCUCAGACCCAGAUUACCUGAAUGCUGUUGAUGCUUGGAUGUCUGUUCUGCUUCCCAAACUACGUCCACGUUUGUACAACAAUGGAGGGAACAUUAUUAGUGUCCAGGUGGAGAAUGAGUAUGGCAGCUUCAUGGCCUGCGAUUACAACUACAUGCGACAUCUUGAAGUUAAAUUCCGCACUUACCUUGGAGACCAAAUUGUACUUUUUACCACAGAUGGCAAUACAGAAAAUGAACUGAAGUGUGGAACUCUACAGGGAUUAUAUGCCACUGUGGACUUUGGUCCAGUGCCCAAUGCAACAAAAGCAUUUGAAGCUCUACGAAAAAUACAACCAAAAGGACCACUGGUGAACUCUGAGUUUUACACAGGUUGGCUGGACUACUGGGGGGAGGAACACUCUACAAGUAGUGCGGAGCAAGUAAGCCAAGGCUUGUUAGACGUUUUGGAUACAGGAGCCAACGUUAAUAUGUACAUGUUUAUAGGAGGCACCAAUUUUGGCUACUGGAAUGGGGCUGAUUUCAAGAGUACAUACAAGCCAAUCACAACAAGUUAUGACUAUGAUGCCCCCUUAACAGAGGCUGGAGACCCCACAGAUAAACUAAUAGCUCUGCGUGCUGUGAUCAGCCAGUAUUUGCCAGUUCCAGAAGGCCCAAUCCCUCCUGCAACUCAGAAAUACGACUACGGUUUUGUCGCUUUAAAGAAGGUUGGGAAACUUUUGGAUCUACUAGAUAUUUUUUCUCCAGAACCUCCCUUUGUGACUCAAUAUCCCAUCACAUUUGAAGACAUUAAACAGUAUUAUGGAUUUGUGCUGUAUCGGACUCGUCUGAUUUGGGAUAUUCCUGUUGCCACCCUUCUUUCAUCCUCACCAAAUGGUAUCCAUGACAGAGCAUAUGUAUUGAUUAAUGGGACCUUUUGCGGUGUGCUGGAGAGGGACCAUGUGAUGGAGAUUAAUAUUACAGGGAAUGCUGGUGAAUGGCUUGACGUUGUGGUUGAAAACACAGGAAGACUAAAUUUUGGUGCUUACUUCAAUGAUUUUAAGGGUAUUGUAUCUAACAUGACCCUAGGGGACGACCUCCUCACCGAUUGGCUAGUUUAUCCUUUGAACCUAGAUGGUCCUAUUGCCCAGGGCUGGCCACAGGCAACACACUUUGCUGCCGUUUCACAGACUGAGAGCUACACGGGACCUGCAUUCUAUGGUGGAACAUUCAGAAUAGCUGUAACAGGAGACACAUUUAUAAAACUUACCAAAUGGACAAAGGGUCAGGUCUGGAUAAAUGGGUUUAAUCUCGGGCGUUACUGGCCAGCCAGAGGACCACAGAUCACACUUUAUGUGCCAGAAGGUCUCCUUAGUUCAACAACCUACAACAAUAUCACUGUGCUGGAAUUAGAAGGAGCCCCAGCUAUGUCUGUAGUGCAAUUUAUAGACAAACCCAUUCUGAAUGGGACAGUUCGAGGGGUAUAGGCGAUCGUAAUCCAUAUUAUCAGCAACAUUGGAAGGAGAUGUAACCAGUUCAAUUCUAAACAAUGAAAAGGACAUUAAGUUCAAGCUCAUAAGAUAAAUAAACCUACAACAGAAGUCAUACUGGA